AUGUUCUGGCGCCGCAGUCGCGCGAAGGAGGAGGCGGUGGAGGAGACGGACGACCUGGUGAAGCUGCAGAAGCAGUUCGGCAUCACCCCCGUGAGCGACGCGGACGUGCAGGCGGAAUUCCAGGCGCUGCUGGGCGCUACGGGCGUCGCUGGCGGCUCGAGUCCGACGGAGGAGGAGCGACUGCUAUUCGGCGCUGGAGACGACGAGGAGGACGAGGAGGCCAAGAUCCUGAGAGACCUGCAGCUGGACGGACUGAACCUGGAUGACGUCGAUGACGAGGAGGGUGACAAACAUCAGGAGGCCAAGAGCGAGCUGCGUGGGGUGCUGGACGAAGUCCACAGGACAGCGAGGGAGAACCACAGUCGGGAGACUGCAGAGAUGAGCGGGGAACAGCCAAUUCAACUGCCUAGAGGUUCAGAAGUGGAGCUAUCACCGGACAGAGCUGCGGAGGUCCACGCCUUGAAGAUGGAGGCGCUGGCGUUGAAGAGGGAGGGGAAGAUUCAGGAGGCGCUGGCCAAGUUCCGA